CAAACAAUCACUCAAUAGUUCAUUUAUAUUGGUAUAUAUAUCUAAGAGUUCAAUGACUAUGAAUUGCACCUUAACCACAAAUUAGCAUAAAAACAAUUUGAAAAUAGGUACCACUAAUAUGAAGAAAAUAGUUAUCCAGAUGCAUAUGGGAAAUGAUAAAUGCAGAAGCAAAGCUAUGAAAAUAGCUGCAGCUUUUCAAGGUGUGGUUUCAGUGUCAUUAGAAGGAGAAAGCAGAGAUCAAGUAGUAGUAACUGGAGAUCAAAUAGAUUGUGUUUGUUUGGCUAAAAAGUUGAGAAAGAAAUUUUGUUAUGUUAAUCUUCUAAGUGUUGAUGAUGAAAAGCCUUCCACUACUAGUAAUGAGGGUGGUGAAGCUGGUGAAGAACAAAAAGAUGUUGAAAUAAGUACUACAUCAUUGAAAAAGUUAUCUUGUUGUGAGCAAAGCUAUCAUCCACCUUGUACCCCUUAUUACAUAGUUUAUGAUCCAUAUCCUAUUAGUUGCUAUUGGAAUAGGUUUGACCAACUAACAGGGGUCUAUGAUCUUGUUUACGUUGAUCCGGGUCAGGUCACACAGUUUUUUUAAAUAGAAAAUGUCUAGUCUUUUUUAUAAACAUAUUUAACUAAAAAGAUUAGGUCAUAGACAAUAAAAAAGUUUUUUAAGCUUAUCAAA